UGUGGUAUGCAUGCAGACAACAAAGGUGCUCGCUCAAUCGCCAAGAGACCUAGUAGAGUACUGCACGCUGGAAGAUUCCCACACAAUUUUUUAUUUAUUUUUUCGAAAUACAAGAAAAUGAGUUCCAAAAAGCGGGUUUGUGUAAUAGGCGCCGGUAUGGCAGGACUAACGGCACUAAAGAAUACGCUGGAACACCAUUUAGAGGCAGUGGCGUAUGAACGGCAUACAGCCGUUGGUGGUACGUGGAUUUAUAUGGAACGUAAGGCGGGUGAAAGUGAGGAAGACGUGCAUAGCAGCAUGUAUCAGGGAUUACACACAAAUCUGCCUAAGGAAGUGAUGGGCUUUCCGGACUAUGAUUUCGAUAUGAAUAUAGAAGAGUCCUUUAUCAGCUCGGAACUCGUAUUGGAGUAUUUAGAGAAUUAUGCAGAGCACUUUAAGUUAACACCUUAUAUAAAAUUGGAACAUGAGAUAAUAAGAGUGCGACCGUGUGGCGAAGGCUGGGAGGUUAUCGUUCACGAUCUGAAAAGCGAUAAGUAUUUUGUGGAAUUUUUCGAUUUUGUUUUUGUUUGCAAUGGACACUUCACGACACCCAUGUAUCCGGAUACCGAGGGUCUUGAUAGCUAUCAAGGCAAGCGCUUGCACAGUCAUCUCUAUCGGACACCCGAUAUUUUCAGAGGUCACAACGUACUGGUUGUGGGCGGCGGUCCGAGUGGCAUCGAUAUUGUACAUCACAUUCACCAGCAUGCUGAGCACGUUUAUUUCAGUCACCAUUUGGAGACUGAACCGCGUACGGACUUCAUGCCGAACGUCACGCAAAAGACCGACAUUCAGCGUUUCACUGCAGAUGGCGCCAUUUUCAAAGAUGAUAGCAGCGCUUCGUUUUCAUUCGUGAUUUUCUGCACUGGCUAUAAGUACACCUUCCCCUUUCUGAGCGUCGACUGCGGUCUAAAUGUGGAUGUCAAUUGGGUGCAUCCACUUUACAAGCACUGUUUGAAUAUCAAUAAGCCUUCAAUGGGCAUAAUUGGCUUGCCACAUCAAAUAUGUCCAGCUCAACUUUUUGACUUACAAGCACGCUUCGUGUUGGCCUACUUUUCGGGACACAAGGAGUUGCCUAGUCGCGCCGAUAUGCUAGCGGAAAUGGAGACGGAUAUGCAGGAGCGCUGGGCGAAUGGUGUAUCGAAACGUGUGGCGCACAAAAUGGGCGUAAAGCAGUUUCAUUACUACGAAGACUUGGCAGUUACAGCAGGCAUAACGAAACUCAAACCUGUGAUUGGCAAAAUGAUGAAAGCAUGUUCUAAAAAAUAUAUUUUCGAAUUGGAUACAUAUCGCCAAAAACGCUUUAAAGUUGUUGAUGAUGAGAACUUCGUGCAAAUUGUCUAAUAAUAAAGCGAAAUGUAUAUAAUUAUGAAAAUAUUUUCCUUAAGCUAGUCUGAAAUUGUGUCAUAUUUAGUCAAUUAAAGAAAAUAUAUACAAACUUAAAAAUAA